GGGCAGAGCAGAGGCAGGAGCAAAAUUCGCCAGACACACUAACACACACACACACUCUCUCUCUCUCUCUCUCUCUCAGACAGGCGGCUGUGCAGCUGCGCCGUUUACAGCUACAAACUGUGGGAGAAUCUGAUCCUUUUGUGCGAGUGUCUGUUUGCUCUUUCCUAACCUCGUCUUUCCCCCUCUUUUCGCUCUCUCUCUCUCUCUCUCUCUCUCUCUCUCGCCCUAUCGCUCUCUCUCUCUCUUUCUCUCCACGUCCCCUCCUCUCUCCGUGCUCCCUGUUGGUGUAUCGGUGUGUGUUUGUGUGUGUGAAACGUGGGGAUAACAGACGCUUAUGUGAGCAGCCUCAGUGGCUGGCUGGCUGGCGAGAGAGAGGGAAGGAGAGGAAAGGGAUAACAGAAGCCACCGCCAUCAUUCUGAUCGGAUUCACACCAGACAUGUGAGAAGAUGUCCGUGGGCGGCUGCGCGUGUCCCGGCUGUUCCUCCAAGUCAUUCAAGCUGUACUCCCCCAAGGAGCCCCCCAACGGUAGCACUUUCCCCCCUUUCCACCCCGGCACCAUGCUGGACAGAGACGUGGGUCCCACUCCGAUGUAUCCGCCCUCAUACAUGGAGCCAGGUAUAGGGAGGCACACACCAUAUGGUAACCAAACAGACUACAGAAUAUUUGAGCUCAACAAGCGGCUACAGAACUGGACAGAGGAGUGCGACAACCUGUGGUGGGAUGCUUUUACUACAGAAUUCUUUGAAGAUGAUGCCAUGUUGACCAUUACUUUCUGUCUGGAAGACGGUCCCAAACGUUACACGAUUGGUCGGACGUUAAUUCCAAGGUACUUCCGGAGUAUAUUUGAGGGCGGGGCCACGGAGCUCUACUACGUACUGAAACAUCCCAAGGAAUCCUUCCACAAUAACUUUGUUUCCCUUGACUGUGAUCAGUGCACUAUGGUCACUCAAAACGGAAAGCCCAUGUUCACACAGGUGUGUGUAGAGGGCCGCUUGUACCUGGAGUUCAUGUUUGACGACAUGAUGCGGAUAAAGACAUGGCACUUCAGCAUCAGACAGCACCGUGAACUCAUCCCCCGCAGUAUACUGGCCAUGCACGCCCAAGACCCACAGAUGCUUGACCAGCUGUCCAAAAACAUAACAAGAUGUGGCCUGUCAAACUCCACCCUCAACUACCUCCGGCUGUGUGUUAUUCUGGAGCCCAUGCAGGAGCUGAUGUCCAGACACAAGACAUACAGUCUCAGCCCCAGAGACUGCCUCAAGACCUGCCUCUUCCAGAAAUGGCAGAGGAUGGUGGCGCCGCCUGCCGAGCCGUCGAGACAGGCCCCCAACAAGAGGCGGAAGCGUAAGAUGUCAGGCGGCAGCACCAUCAGCGGCGGAGGCGGGGCCAACAACAACAACAACAACAAAAAGAAGAGCCCCGGCAGCGGCUUCCCUUUGUCCAGCCAAGUUCCGGAUGUGAUGGUGGUGGGAGAGCCCACCCUGAUGGGCGGGGAGUUCGGCGACGAGGACGAGCGUCUGAUCACGAGGCUGGAGAACACGCAGUUCGACGCGGCCAACGGCAUCGACGACGAGGACAGCUUCAACAACUCUCCGGCGCUGGGCUCCAACUCGCCCUGGAACAACAAGGCCCCUUCCAGCCAGGAGAGCAAGAGCGACAACCCCACCUCGCAGGCGUCCCAGUAGAGCCCCGGGGCGGGACCCCCCAUAACCUCUAUACAGACCCCUUUGUCAGCCCCCCCACCCUACCUCUAUAGCCAUGACUGCAGCCAAAUUGGUCCAUAGUCUGAUUUGCAAACCAAACACAGCUGUAGCGCUCAGAUUCACACCGCAGGUAGCCUGAAGGAGCUCCGUCUGUCCUCUGACUGAGCCAGAGAAAUGUUUAGGCACUGUGUCCCAGCACUGUUUCUCUCUCUGUCUCUCUCUCUCUCCAUCUCUCCCUCUCCCUCCAUCUCUCUUUCUCUCUCCUCCUCCAACUUUUUACACAAAACGACCCCGUCCGCUGUUGUUCGUUUUCAUUUCCGGAUGGGGAUAGGGGUUGACACGACCGAGAAGUAGCAGGAAUUUAUUCCACACAAGAACCAAGUACACUAACCUAUCGGAGACCGAACGCUCGCUCGCACGGAGGGGUGGGUGGGCGGGGCGGGUGGGGGCGGGGCUUCACGGCGGUGGCGAGUCGCUACCUGUCAUCUAAACACGACUCCGGAUCGUGGCCUGCUCUGCCGAUGCAUAAGCCAUCCUGCGUGCGUGUGUGUGUGUGAGCGAAAGUGAGUGUGUGUGUGUGUGUGUGAGAAGAGAAAACCUGAAGUGUUUAUCUUUGGCUUUGCUGAAGCAGACGGGUCAGAACCGAGCGUCGGUUUUCAGAACUAACACACUAGUAUGAAGGCUAUUUUGAGGCACUAGGGCAAUAACACACAUGUACAUUCUCACCCAUGCAAACACACAUGAUAGUAAAGGUCAUGAUUGAAGGAUUCUGAGUGCCCCCAGUGCCCCAACCAUCUCUGAUUAGACUACAGUGACUGCAGUCUUUCAAAUGGAAAGCAUUUACAACACACACAAACACACACACAGCUACACAUUUUAAGAGUUUUUAUACAGUAUAUAUAUUUCCCUAGAAUGUUUUUUUUUUAAUUUGUAUUAAACGCCUUCAUUUCAAUUACUUUUAUUUUUAAUUUUCUACCAAUACUGAAAAGCUACAGACCAAGGAGCAACGCAGGACUUUUAUCCUCCUCUCCCCCCUCAAAAAUAUAUUGUUUUUUUUGUUUGUUUUUUUUUAAUCUUUUAUGUUUAUAAAAGAGAAAUAAUUUAGUGUGGAUGUUUUUAUUUUGUCUUUUUGUUGUUUUUUUGGGGAUUUUUUGUGUAUUUGUGCUUGUAUAUUUAAGGUAGUAGCAAAGUUCUGUCUGACUGUAAUAAAAUGUAUUCUUACUUAGAUUUACCUAAAGCCAUCCCGAUCUAAUGUAAAGAAACAAAAAUAGGAAAAAGGAGAAAAAACA